AUUAUUUUCAAACGAAAACAAAUAAAUCGAUGUUUUAGCACAAACCUCAGUUAUUUAAAGCGCACGUGAAAGACUCAACUAAUGAACAUAAAGUUAGGCUAUAUGAGGUUAUUAAAAGAAUGCAAAAUAGAAUCUCAAAGGUUGAGAAUUUUUUUUUAGUUUCUCACAUCUUUUGAACACACCAACGAAGCUUGGCUGGCCGCUGCUCCUCUUCUAUGUGUAAAGUUUCAUGGCUCGCUCAGCACUUUGGCUGGUGUUGCUGUACUGCACACUCCUGCAUUCCCCCAGCUACUGUAGCACUUUAACCAAAGCCGACCUGGAAGAACUGGAGAAGAUCAGCACCUGGGUCAUCAAACGCAGCUUUCCUUGCAGUACCACCUGUGGGCUUGGCAUUCGUACUCAAGAGCUCUGCCCUAUCAGGGGGACCAGAAACAUCUCCAGCACUUCCUGCAAGCUGAGGACCGUCCGCUGCCUAGACACGUGGCAGUGUGGACUGAAGACCCAAACAGCAACUGCAGGUCAGCGUCUGGUGCUUGACUGCUUAGAGGAAGUGAUGGAAGCCAUGGGCCGCUUUGCUUUUGUGGUGUCUUGGCGCUUCGCCCGUGGAGUCAUCACCUCUGAUGACUCGUUAUUCACCCGCUAUGAAGUCCUCAGACUGGACAAAGUGGUGCUAGACCCUCUCAGGGAAGAGGAUUCUGGGACAUACCGCUGUGACGUACUGGACACAGACAAACGAAGAGUGAAGAGAAUGUAUAAAGGGGUGAAGGUGUUAUCUCCCAAUGAACUGAAUUUAGACUUUGCUAAAGGUCUGAUUCAUUGGGAAGACCCUGAGAGCCUGAUUUCUAACAUCACUACCACAGGAAACAUGUAUCCCAGCAGCACUGUCCGAAACAUGGCGUUGAUAAGCGUGUCCAUAUCUGCUGUUAUGGCGGCGGUCAUCUUUCUACUCUUGUGGGGUUUAUACCGAAGAAGACCCAGAAGAACAGCUCAACUUUCCCAGGACAACAUUUGAAUGAUUAAAAAGUCAGAUUUCAUUUUUCAA